AUGAACCUAUUUCUAGUUACUGGGAGAAUACUUAUUUCCUUUGGGAUUCUAAGCUUCAUUUCUGGAACAAUUGCCUUCUUCCCCGUUUUUUCCUAUAAACCAUGGUUUGUUGGAUGGAGUAUACGCAUUGCUUCUCCCAUCUGGAAUGGAGCUUUGGCUGUUAUUGCAGGUGUACUUGUUAUUCUGGCUGAAAAACAGUGGACUCAGAGAUACCUGUGGGAAGCCAGCUUCACCUUUUGCCUCUUAAAUAUCAUCACUUCUCCGGUCCAAGGUAGCAUUGCUAUUGCCUCUCUUCUCCUUGGCCCUUAUUGCUAUUACUCUUUUGCUGGGAUUUCAGGUACAAAUUACAUGGGCUAUGCCAUCCUUUUCCCUUUUCCUUAUGGCAAAUUUGCUGCUAUGUGCAAAGACCCAUUGCAUUAUGAAUGGUACCAUCUGGCACUGCAAAUCGUAGACUUUUGUUCAAGCUUCACCAUGUUCUGUGGAUCUUUGGCAACAGUGCUCAAGCUCACAAGAAGACUAUUCCAGUUUGGACACUUAAAUGUGAGUAUUCAUUAG